AUGCCUCCUCCCUCCCUUCCUGUUCAGCAGCCGCACAAGCCCGAUAUCCGGGAACGCUUAAGGGAGUGGCAAGAGAUAAAUGGUCGAACUAACGUGAACCUGGAUGUUACAGCUCAGAUUGCGCAGACGGGCAGCGCAGAAGUUAGCGAGCUUGCACGUAUUGGUGACGUUGAUGAUUUCUGCGAGCAAGAAAAUGAGAGAGACGUGGAUGAUCUAGCCGGCAUGAAGGAAGCAGAAGAGCCAGAGGACGGGAAUACGAACUUAAACUUGCUAAGACCGGGAGAUCUUGUUGAGCUACCGUACCUCUCCUCAGAUCGGGAGCCUGUGCUUGCGGUCUACGUACGCAGGAUUGAGACACAGCUGCAGUGCUACACCAUGCAUGGCAAAUGGGUUCAUCGAAGGAUGCAAGCCGUCCAUUUCAGCAUACCAAAGUUCAUGAAUCCCUCAAUGCUCGAUGAUCUCCUGCCGCACCUGCCGAGUGAACCGGUAACGGACGAGAUGCUCGACAAGGCACAGAUCAUGGACUUGAGUGUGCCCCGAGAGGUUGGUGCAAAGGUGGUCAAUAAGAUUGUCAGUUUUUGGCGCGCGGCUGAAACAGUGUACCGCAACAACGCUUCGGUCCUCGACAGCGCCCAUGCAGCGCUUGCUCAUCCAACCGACCUACGUUUUGGAUCGCUUGAGAGGAUCGCAAUGCAGCUUCUGCGGAAGAAGGAACUGUCCGAGGUCGAUUAUUACGCCGUCCGCAGGGCACUGGUCCGCGGAGGCUGGGGCUUCGGGUACGACGCGAGAGACCAUAGCAGGACCAACAUCUUUCAGAUCAGAUCCAAGGACGUCACGGAAAACAUUGAAAGCGUUCGUGAAUGGCUCCGCGAGUAUCAAGAAGAGCUGGCGCUCAAGGCAAAUGACAGCAAUGUCGAUGCUGCGGACUCGGAACCCAGGAAAAAGUUCCAGGGCGCUAAAAUUCUAGAGGCGUUCCUGGAGAAGUCGAGACUACUCAUUGCUGAGAGUCGAAAAUCCCGUUACCCAACAGUUCCAGGCGCUGGCUGUGUUGGACCCAGUCUAGUGCGCAUUCCUAUCACGAAGACGACCAAAGCGACACGGAUCAUACACUCAUUCCAGUUUAGCAAGACGGAUCAGGCCAUUAUAAGAUUCCUGGAGCUGUGGUGUGUCUCGAGUAGCUUCCGGCAUCAGCCAAGGUUGUGGGGGCUUGGUCCCUUGAUCCUACGAGCAGUCGGGCUUUACCCGGACGAGGGUCUGGGGCUUAGUACGGCUUUUGUGUUCCUUCAGGAGAUUGGCGUAAUAGUUCCACACGAAAACCGGGUGGCGCACGACGAGCAUCUCCUCCUACCGAGCUCUCAGCACUCGAAACCGCUUGAGAGACUGUCUAGCAUGGUCCAGGUGGAAGCGGCUAAUCCGAACGCGAAAUACACCGACGCCAUGCAAGAACUGCGGCAUGACUGGAAGGACUUGGGCGUGUACUGCGUUGACUCGGCGAGCGCGGCGGAAAUCGACGACGGUUUCUCCUUAGAGAGGAUUCCUGGGAGUUUGUCAGAGUACUGGGUACAUAUCCACAUUGCGAACCCGACGGCAUUCUUGGAGCGCGGCGAUUCAGCGACGAAGCUAGCUGCUCACAUGACUGAGACUGUAUACUUCCCGGAGAGAGUCUACCCGAUGUUGCCGAGGGAUAUGACGCGAAAGCACUUGGGCCUUGCCAAAGACCGGCCCGCCCUCACCUUCAGCGCGAGGAUUAACAGCCAGGGACACGUCUUGGAAGUCAAGGCUCGAAGCGGCUUCAUACGCAACGUCAUCUCCCUAACCCCCGACGAGCUUUCCCGCAGCUUGGGCUUGGGCAGCACGGCGUCGACAGACGUCGAGGUCAUUGUCGGUGGCAAGCUGCCAGGCUACAUGACGCGAAAGCGAUACGCCCCGAGACUGUCCCCUCAACAGAAAGAUGACCUGCUCACCUUGCAUCACCUGGCCGGCGCGCGCAGCAAACUGCGUCAAGAGGCAGGCGGCCUGUUCUUGGAGAUGAACCAUCCCGAUGUGAGCGUUAUAGAGUCCUUCAACUUCGCAGGUCUAGGAUGGUCGCACCCGAGCCGGAACGUAGCGCGGCACAUAGAAGGCGACCCCAUCAUCUGCAUGCGCUCACAAACCUACCGGGGCUGGUUCGGGACAGCGGAGUCCGGCAUAAACAUGGUCAAGGAGUUCAUGCUGAUGUGCUGCGAGAUCGGCGCGCUGUGGUGCCGGCAGCGCAACAUCCCCAUCCUGUACCGGGGCACUGUAGAGGCGCCCGAGACGAUGGCCGCGGACGUCUACAAACGCGAGAUCCUCGACCCCUCGAAAGAUGAGAACGGUAUUCCACCGCUUGAGGUCAGCCGUGGCUACAUCAGCACCAUCGGUAUGGUCCUCCUUACGACGACGCCGACGGCCCACCGCUUUGUCGGCGUGCCGCAGUACUCCAAAGUCACCUCCCCGCUGCGCCGCUACGGCGAUAUGAUCACGCACUGGCAGAUCGAAGCCGCGCUGCGCGAAGAAGCAAGUAGCGGCACGAGCCUCGUCGGCAGCGACCGCGCAGACUACCUCCCCUUCUCUAAAGCAGAGAUCGACCUCGUGAUCCAUAGGCUGCAGUCACGGGAAAGACUGAUCACGUCGGUCAAGCGCACCGCGCGCAUGCACUGGAUCGCGCAGCUGUUCCUGCGCGCGCACCACUAUGGCGAGGCGGCGCUGCCGGAGACGUUGCAGGUGCUGGUGUACAAUGUGCAUGGCGUCACGGGGGAUGUGUUCGCGUUCUCGACCGAAUAUUCGACCGAGAUGAAGCUGCUGAGCCCGAAGCCGCAUGGGCUGGGCGAGGCGAUGAUUGGGGAUAUUUGGGAGGCGAAGAUUCAUCAUGUCAAUGCGUAUGAUAGGUGGGUGAAGCUUACCCCGGUUAGACUCGUGAAGAGGGAGGCGUACCAGGAGGCGAGAGCUUCGUCUGGGCAGAGGGUACGUUGA